ACUUGAGUGACCUUGCGAAGGUAUCUAGCCCACUAGGGACAGGAUUAGCAAGCUUGAAAUUUCUACAAAUAUUUGGCUUCCUCUCCUAUUCCUUCCGAAGCUGCUGGCUCUCUCGCGCCCACCUCACCCAGUACUCAUUCAGCUCGAUCGACAAUACAAAGCUCAGCCCGCCUAUCUCCUUUUUGCAAACCCGGAGAACUUCAUUCCCCAUGUGGAAACUCGUCCGUGGCGGUGGCGGGCAGGACUGGGCAUGCUCAGUGGCGGGGACAGGUCUGGGAAGCGAGGAAGCUGCACUGAAGUCGCACGGCCUAGGGAUCAGGGGGAGGCGACUGGCGGAAGUCCUGGCUGGGGGGCGCGUGGAGGUCCCGGAUUCCGCGCCCUGGGCCGGCAUGCUCCAGACCCGCGCCGCCCGCCCGCAGACCGGGGGGCAAAGGGGGCAGGGCGCGGAGGAAGUGGGGGAGUCGGAGGGAGGAGGGGAGGAGCGCCGGGCUCACCCGCCCCCGGCGCCGGCUCUGCGGCUACGGAGUAAGAAGGCGCAGGGAGGAUCUGAGGAAAUAAAGACGCCCGAGAAUGACCUCCAGGGAGGCCUCCUGAGCCGGGGCCCGCUCGGUGCCCCGUCAACCCCGGGCAUGGGUGACCGCGGAGGGCAGCCGGAACGGUCGGCCUCACACUCUGCAGGGGUUUCCGUGAACACAGGCACAGCCGCCGUGAACGGGCUGCUGCACAACGGCUUCCACCCGCCGCCAGCCUUCCAGGAGUGGGGGGUAGAGUGGGCGGCACAACCGAGGCUAACUUCUCCCUUCUCGGAGCGCAUCUCUUCUGAGGCUGCAGCUCAGGCGACCAGCUCGACCUUUGAAUCACAGCGUAACCGCCAGUGUUGUGGGUCUAUUGGCGAGCUCGAGUCUGGAGGCGUGGAGUUUGACAACCCCCAAAUCACAGCCUUUUAA